CAUUUGCAUAGGCCCCCACCCAACGUUCACAAACUCUAGACACGAAGGAUUUAGGAAAGUUCCUUAGAACAUGGUCUUCCCCUCCGAAAGUCGCAGUGUGUCUCGUUAUCUGUACAGCAGUAGGAGCUAGGAACCGGCCGUCGGGGCUCACCCUCACCGACAGCGGGGUUGAUGGCUAUGCCGCGCUCUCUCCGGCCUCUGCAUACGCAGUGUUACAGCUCUUUUAGAAUUUGUCUAGCAGGUUUUCCGGUUUGUACCGGAAAGCCCCUCCCACAUAAGUGGUUAUCAACAAUAGACUGAUAUUUGGUUCGUCGCUACCGCACGUGCAUCUUUUAUCCCAUGGCGUCCGCUUCGGCUCAAUCCGCGGCCCUGAGCGCCGAGCAGGCCAAGGUGGUCCUGGCCGAGGUGAUCCAGGCGUUCUCGGCGCCGGAGAAUGCCGUUCGCAUGGACGAAGCUCGGGACAACGCGUGCAACGACAUGGGCAAAAUGCUGCAAUUCGUGCUGCCCGUGGCCACGCAGAUUCAGCAGGAGGUUAUUAAAGCCUACGGCUUCAGUUGCGACGGGGAAGGUGUUCUUAAGUUUGCCCGCCUUGUCAAGUCUUACGAAGCCCAGGAUCCCGAGAUUGCCAGCCUGUCCGGGAAGCUGAAGGCUCUGUUCCUGCCGCCCAUGACCUUGCCGCCCCAUGGGCCUGCUUCGGGUGGCAGCGUGGCCGCCUCUUGAGGACUGGCCCUUCCAUGACACUGCUGGGGAAGGGAAGACCUAAUUGUACCGCAGGAUAAUAAAUGUGCCUGUGACUUAGU